AUGGACAUGAAUUUGUCAGCGCGUUGUGCUUUGGUUCUUUCUCUGUUGGCAUUUGUAGAUUUGAAAAUAGUCUCUGCUGCAGAAACGCCUGGAGUGUGCCCUCGUAGACGAUGGGGCAUAGGGAUAUGUGCAGAGUUAUGUUCCAGUGACAGUGACUGCCCCAAUGAUGAAAAAUGCUGUCACAACGGAUGUGGGCAUGUCUGCAUUGCACCUUACACAGCAAAGCCUGGAGUGUGCCCUCGUAGACGAUGGGGCGUAGGGACGUGUGCAGAGUUAUGUUCCGAUGACAGUGACUGCCCCAAUGAUGAAAAAUGCUGCCACAAUGGAUGUGGGCAUGUCUGCAUUGCACCUUACACAGCAAAGCCUGGAGUGUGCCCUCGUAGACGAUGGGGCUCAGGGAUAUGUGCAGAGUUCUGUUCCAAUGACAGUGACUGCCCCAAUGAUGAAAAAUGCUGCCACAAUGGAUGUUGCAUUGCACCUACACAGCAAAGCCUGGAGUGUGCCCUCGUAGACGAUGGGGCUCAGGGAUAUGUGCAGAGUUCUGUUCCAAUGACAGUGACUGCCCCAAUGAUGAAAAAUGCUGUCACAACGGAUGUGGGCAUGACUGCAUUGCACCUUACACAGCAAAGCCUGGAGUGUGCCCUCGUAGACGAUGGGGCGUGGGGACGUGUGCAGAGUUCUGUUCCAAUGACAGUGACUGCCCCAAUGAUGAAAAAUGCUGCCACAAUGGAUGUGGGCAUGACUGCAUUGCACCGACACAGGUAG